AUUGAGCAUCAAAACACUGUUCAAGUUUGGCUUAACUAGUUGGUUAACCAAACUCGAACGAGUUCUUACCAAGUGACCUCGAUUUGAACAUCGAGUAGGUUAGUUCAUUUUUCAGCCCUAUGAGUUGGUUCCCUAACAGAGUACCAUUUCUGUCACUUUGAAACUUUAGUCCAAACAUAAGGGUUUAUACAUAGCCUUGGCAACUAUAGGAGGGUUACAUGGAAAAGUAUUAAAUCACAGAGGAUAAAAUAUAAUUUGCUCUAUUAAUUAAAUUGUAGAAUAUAACUGGUAUCCAGUAUAUUUUUGCCAAAUUUCGGAAGAUGCAUACGAAUAAGCUUCCUUUUACGACUAGAAAUGUGCCAUUCAUUUAAAUUUUGGAUCACCUCUCUAGGGGUGUUAUUUGCCAAAUCAAGCCCAAAUAUUGAGGUACUAGAACUCAAGAUCAAAGAAAAUUAAUUUAUGGUUGAGGCCGAGCUCAAGUUCAAUGAACAUCACGUGUUCAUGCUUGAGUUUGACUCAAGAAAAUUAUGAGGACAAGCUGAAGCUCGAGAUUGAGCUUGCUCGACAAAAUAUACAUAAAAACUCUAUAAGCUAAAUAAGGAAUAUUAUAUGGAGAUCCAACUCAAUUCGUAUAGCAACUCAAGUUACUCGAACUCGAUUUGAAUUCGAUUUUGACUGAACUCAAGCAUGGAUAUAGAUCUAUAAGAUCUCGAUCGAAGGUACAUUCAAGAUCAUUUGGCGAUUUUGGAUUGUGAAAGUGAUGAGCAUACCAUAAGGAGACUAAGCAACUCAAUGAGUUUUUCUGUUUACACCAUUACAAAUUUACAAUGGUAACAUACAGCAUGCUAACUAGGCAUCUUGGAGAAGGGAAUGAGGAUGAAAGGAUGGAUCACCUGCCCAAUGGGUUUAAAAGGGCUUAUCCAUGGCGUGAAUCUUUUCCUCAAGACAAUGAUGCUGCCAACCUUUGAUCCAAGAGAUACUGAAGCUGGUUCGAGGAUUUUGGAGGAUAUAACCAGCAAUGCUGGUCAUAUACAAGAACAGGUCCUGGAGGAGAUUUUAACUAAAAAUGCAAGCACUGAUUACUUGAAGGGUUUUCUUAAUGGUCACUCUGAUAAGGGACUAUUCAAGAAUAAAGUUCCUGUGGUAGAUUAUGAAGAUAUCAAGAUUUACAUAGAUCGAAUUGCACUGGAUGGAGAGCCAUCUCGGAUUUUAACUAAUGAAUCCAUUACUGAGCUACUCAAAAGCUCAGGCACUUCAGGUGGGAAGCAAAAGUGGAUUCCAAAAACUGCUGAAGAGGGAGAGCGCAGGGCCUUUUUUUCUUGUCUCUGUGAUACUGUUUUAAACAGCUUUGAACUAAGGUCCUUCCAGGGAUUGAACGAUGGGAAAGCGCUGUUAUUUGUCCUUAUCAACCCGGAUAUCCACACUCCUGGUGGCUUAGUUUUAAGAACAGGCUCAGAAAGCGAGAUAAAGAACAGAAAAGACAGAUAUCCUCAGUUUAUAUUGUGUGAAGAUUCCAAUCAGAGCUUGUAUAGUCAAUUACUUUGUGGCCUUGUGCAGCGAGAUGCGAUAGUAAACGUUGGUACUUUUUUCGCCUCGGGUUUGUUAAGGAUAAUCAAAUUUUUCGAGGAACAUUGGCAAGAAAUGUCUUCCAACAUAAGAACUGGACAAAUGAGUGCUUGGAUCACUGACCCUAACUGCAAAAGGGCUGUCUCCUUGAUUUUGAGCAAACAAAUGCCGGAUUUGGCUGAUUCAAUUGAUCUUAUAUGCCAAGAAAAGUCUUGGGAAGGGAUAAUUAAGAAGAUCUGGCCAAGGACCAAGUAUGUCAUGGCCAUUAUUACAGGGUCCAUGGCACAAUAUAUCCCUGCGCUUGAGUUCUAUACGGGUGGAUUACCUGUGGUUUCACCAGUUUAUGGUUCUUCAGAGGCAUUUUUUGGGAUUAACAUGAAACCUUUGUGCAGUCCUUAUGAUGUCUCGUAUACUUUUAUACCAAACAUGGCCUACUAUGAGUUCUUACCAAUUGACAAUCAUCAAGAUCCAACCUGCACCAACAGGAAAGAUGCUCAUUUGAAAGAUCACAUUGUGGAUCUUGCUAAUGUUAAGAUUGGCCAGCAUUAUGAACUUCUUGUCACGACCUUUACAGGUUUGUACAGGUACAGAAUGGGGGAUAUUGUCCUGGUGACAGGUUUUCACAAUUCCACUCCCCAAUUCAAAUUUGGACAAAGGACAAAUGUGGUUUUGAGUAUUCACACAGAUAAAAUAACUGAACAAGACCUCCAGAAAGCAGUUGCAAUGGCAAUUCAGAUCCUUGAACCACUUGGCUUCUUUCUUUUGGAUUACAGUAGCUAUGCUGAUACAUCUUCUAUUCCUGGUCACUAUGUACUCUUUUGGGAGCUUCAACUCAGAUCAAACGAUGAUAUACCUGAACUUGAUCAGGUUAAAAUGGAAAAAUGCUGUAGUUUAGUGGAACAAUCUCUGGACCAGAAAUAUAAGUUGCUGAGGAAUCAGAGCAUCAGUACCAUUGGUCCUUUGGAAAUUAGAGUUGUGAAACAAGGAACAUUCAACGUGCUCAUGGACUUUUAUGUUUCUCAAGGAACUUCUUUAAACCAGUACAAGACACCUAAGAACAUAAAGUCUGAGAAAGCCAUUGAAAUUCUGGACUCCAGAGUAGUGGGAAAAUUUUACAGCAGAGAAGUGCCUAAUCAAGACUCGUAGCCUGUGGUCUUCAAGAAUCUUUUUGCAUAUUUCAUCCUAGGCGUUCACAUACCUUUUCUUGCAAUGUCGAAAUUUAAAAGUACUUCACCAUUGUAUGGAUGCAUUUGUGUUCUACUAUUUUUCAGUCUGUUUGUGAAGCUUGGUGGAUGAGGACGGUAUCUGAAACUCUUGUACUCAUCAAAUUGAGGGCAAUGCUAUUCUAGUCGCAAAAGAUGUUAUUCUCCUCUAGGGGUGAGCAAACAGUGCAUAUUCG